AAUGCCACGACUUAUCACCCCCAGCACCCUCCUAACCUUCUCCCACUCUCUCCGCCGCCCCUACGCCACCGAGGCCGUCUUCAAAACCUCCCCCUACCGCCUCCACCGCCUCGACGCCGGCCCCGCUCCCGAAGUCACCCUGAAGAAAGACGACGCCCUCGUCCUCUACGAGCGCAUGGCCACGAUCCGCCGCAUGGAGAACGAAAUCAACAAGCUCUACAAAUCCCGAGUGGUGGUGGGAUUUUGCCACCUGUACUCCGGCCAGGAGGCCGUCGCCGUGGGCUUCUUCGCCAACCUCCGCCCCCACGACACCGCCAUCACCACCUACCGCAGCCACGCUUGGGCCUAUCUCUUCCACGGCUUGACCACCCACAGCGUCAUCGCCGAGGUCUCCGGGGUCCAGUCCGGCAGCAGCCGGGGCAAAGGAGGCUCCAUGCACAUCUUCGGCAAGAACUUCUACGGAGGCCAAGCCAUCGUGGGGGCGCACGUCCCCAUAGGAGUAGGAGUCGCCCUAGCCCACAAGUACCGCAGCAACGGCGCCGUGAGUGUGACCAUCAUGGGGGACGGCGCCACCAACUCGGGACAAGUCGGGGAGGCCUACAACAUGGCGAAGCUGUGGGACCUCCCGUGUCUUUUCUUGGUGGAGAACAACCACUACAGUAUGGGCACGAGCGUGCCGCGCUCCACCCCCAACCCGGACUUCUACAAAAAAGGGGACAUGAUGCCGGGGGUGUGGAUGGACGGGAUGGACGUGGUGUCGGUGAAAGAAGGGGCGCGGUUCUGCAUGGAGUACGUGACGGCGGGGAAGGGCCCCAUCUUGGCGGAGGCCAACACGUACAGGUACUUCGGGCACUCGCUGUCGGACCCGGGGACGACCUACAGGACGAGGGAGGAAGUGCACAAGGUCCGGGAGACGCAGGACCCGCUGACCAUCUUCAAGACGAAAAUUAUGGAGGCGGCGCUGGUAACGGAGGCCGAGCUGAAAGUGGUGGACGACAAGAUAAAGGCGCACGUUAAGGAGGGACUGCAGAAGGCGAAAAAGGACAAGAAGCCGCCGGCCGAGGAGUUGACAUACGAUAUUUACGCGAAUGAGGUCAUCAAGGAGGUGAGGGGAGUGAGUCCGUUCAAGCCGAAGGUACACAAGUCAACGGGGCAGGCCUACAACCUGAAGUAACGAAGAAGUGGAUUUCAGUUCUAGAAUAUU